GUCGAAUAUCAUCAACAUUAGAGUCAGCCCAGAACUACUAAAAAAUUUUGUAUUGUUGGAAAAAUUAAAUAUAUAUAAUGCGCACAGUGCUUUUGAGCAAAUCCGAUGAGCUCUAUCUGGAAAAGUGCGCUCAGGAGCACAGUUUCUCGUACGGAAUUAUCAUUGGUCACCAAGCAGAUGUCAGCAAGAGCAUUGUUGUUCACCUGGCCCGCAACAGCGAGGAAGAUGCCGACCUGGAAGAUCUGACCGACGUGCGAUUAACCAUACGCGACAUCAACUCACAGGCCUUGGCGUCCCAAUGGCUUAGCGCCAGUAAAAUGUGUCCCGGAUCCUUCGACGUCAUAGGCAUAUUCAUCGCUUCUGUGCGUCCGGAUGUGGCGAAUGAGCGCAGCGAGGAGUUUAAAAAUGCCAAAAAAGUGUUUUCUGACGUCUACGACUUGUUACUUAAGACCAACAACUCCUUUGGAGUCUACACCACAGACAUGGCACAAACGGACUUUGUAUUCCUUUCCUACUCUUUGGCCGACAAAACUCUGCUCUGCAAAAACUAUACCUAUGGAAACGGCGGCACAUUUUCGAACAUGGACUUUCGCUUUGUUGAGAAACCGUUCGAGUGGAUUCAGUUUGAGUGCAAUUACGACUUGGAUGAUGUCAUACCCAUUGUGGACACCACGAGGCGCAUUAACAUUGAAGAACAGUUUCAAAACAUUAUAUCGACGAUUCGCAAAUAUCUGAUCGCCAGCGAGGUAUUCCUGCAGAACGAACUAAUCGACGACACAAUGGAUUUGCAGACGUUCAUCAAAAAGAAAAAGCUGAAGGAUGAUAAGCUUAAGACAAAUUCGACCACUUCAGCAGGAGGUGCAGCCAACCCAUCGGCUUCUUCGGCUGCAUCUUCAAUGCAUUUACUAUCGCCCAUUGAUAGUUCCAGCGGUGGCGUCAUCAGGGCCAACAUCAUAAUGCCCGUCAAAUGUCAGCUGGACAAUCCAAUGGAUAUAAAGGUGCGAGAGUUCAGUGGGACUUUGCGCAUGAGCGGCAUGAUCUUCUCACGAGUCUAUUGCAACCCACGAAACAGUAUAGCAGACGUGAAGCGUUACUUGCGAGACGAUGUGCUGCGCUCGUUGAUCACACGCAUCCAGGUCUACUGCGAUGGUCUGACCGAUCCACACGUUAGCAACGAGGCGGUUUACAUAAGCGAGCCGCCGAGACGCGUGUUCUUCGCCAUACCCUCGGAUGGUAGCAGUACGUCGGGCAACGCGGUGCAGUUCUCUGAAUACUUGUUCCGCGGUGAAGCGCCCACUGUGGUCGUAGCUCAGGCCAAGCAGGUUCUUGAUGUCGAGCUGGAUCCGGAGACAAUUUACCUGGACGCUGAGGGGUUGCCAGAUGAUGUGAAUUUUAAUUCGAUGCAAACAGACACAGAAGGAGAGGAGAGCCGCAGGCUGACCAGCACAAUGCCAAAGCGGGAAUUGUCUCGUAGUCUCUAUAUGGUAGGCAUUGCGGUGGCUCUCCUGGUGCUGCUUGCCUCGGUGGCUCUCCAUUACACAAUGAACGGAUAAUAGUGCAAGCAGCUGAAAGCUGGCUAUUGGUUGAAUGUUCGACUAACCAUUACACCACACGAAAACACACAGCCCAAUCCAUUUUGAUAUGGCGCAACAUAAAUCUUGUGAUGGUUUUUUUUAUUAUUAUAUUAUAAACCAAGGUGUACUCUUACUUUUAGUAGAAGAAGUGUAAAAAUGUCCCGUUAUAUAGUUAUAUUAUUAAAGCCUGGACGGGCAGCAUUUAAUACUAAUGUAAUAAACUAAACUAAUGCAGAA